AUGCUUCGUAACGCAGCCACGCGAUCGUUACUGAAGAGCUUCCCGAAACCUACAACAUCACGAGCAAGCUUCACUGCAGCUUCCACCAAGUUUCGGAAUGCCACACCUCGUCAAUUGACACCGUUAUCGCGUCCCCAGAUCCUCUUACUCGCCCGACCAACCCAGAUCUCGUUCUACGCAACUGGUCCUCCAUACGACAGGAAAGAUGUAAAGGUAGAAGAGAAAAUUGCUGGAAAGACCUUGCAACCACAUCCUGAGGAAAUCUCAGCCGAUUCGAGUGUCCGUCCUGUAUUCGAGGAACGAAGUCACCAUGAUGAUGAGGAUAUGAUGGCUGGGAUCAAGGCGGAUCUGAAAACAAUCAAAGAGACUUUUACUUUGGCCGACGUGCCAAGAGACACGCUCUUACUUGGUGCAGCUGGAGCCAUACCUUAUGCUGUCACAUCUUUGUCAACGGUAUACCUAGCAUGGGAUAUUAACCAAAGUCAUGCUACAAACGGUGCUGGAGUUUUGUUCAGUCCAGAGCAGGCGCAGCAUUAUUUGGAACUGAUUACGCCUGUGCAAAUUGGAUGGGGUGCCAUUAUUAUUUCUUUCUUAGGCGCCAUUCAUUGGGGAUUAGAAUAUGCCGGAUACGGAGGAUAUCACAGCUACCGUCGCUACGUAUACGGUGUUGCAGCACCUGCAAUCGCAUGGCCAACUAUUUUCAUGCCUGUGGAAUACGCUCUGAUCACCCAGUUCCUUACCUUCAACUUCCUCUAUUUCGCCGACGCGCGUGCGACUGCCAAGGGAUGGUUUCCAGCUUGGUACGGUACAUACCGUUUCGUCCUUACCUUUAUCGUUGGAGCUUCGAUUGUCUUUACCUUGGUUGGCCGAGGUCAGAUCGUGAGCGCGGAACAUACGACACUGAGAACCGCCGUUGAUUAUUUGAAAGAAGAUAGAGACGCACAGUGGGAAGCUCUAGAGAAGGAGGAGAAGGAGAGGCGAGCGUUGGCUGCUAAGAACGAGGAUGAGGACGAGGAAGAGGAAGAAGAUGAAGACGAGGAGAAGUCCGACGAGGACGAGGACGAGGAUUAG